ACUAGGAGACACCGAGUGGACCAGCAGGCCUGCAGCACCUUAAAACAGAAACAGAAGCUUUUGUUAAAACCAGAGGAAGAUUAUAGCUAUUAUUAUUAUUAAAGAAGACUGCACGCAAGAUAUUGAUCAUAUCUUAUAUGUGUUUCUACUUCACACUGAAGAAGAAGAAGCUGUGGGAUUGGGCAGCGACCAGAUAGCGUGUAACACCUCCUCCUCCUUCUCCUCCUCCUCCUCGUCUCUGUGGAGAAUUGCGUUAAAACGAAGAAAAAAAAGGCCUGCGCUUUAUCUAUAAUAACACAGGAUUAUUUUUGUUGUUUUUUUCUCCUUAUAUAUAUAUAUAUAAACGAGGAACCGUUGCUGGCUGGUGUAUGUGUUUAGAAUGGGACACGCUGAAGGUCCAGUCAAAGAAAAAGACAGUUAAGGAUGCAGGAGCCCAACAAUGGAUUUCUCCUUCUCUUUCAUGCAAGGGAUCAUGGGAAAUACAAUUCAGCAACCCCCUCAGCUCAUUGACUCAGCAAACAUCAGACAGGAAGGCACCUGCGACACCGGCAGUGAUCCAGGCGAGGAUGGUGGUCCCUCCUACGAUGCUGCCCUGGAUGCAGAGUUUUCCUACCCGCCGUCAGCCUCGGAGGACAUGUCGCAGGUCUCCAACGGCUACCCGCCCGGUCUGGGCAUGUACGAGCCGCAGGCCAAGUUCUCCAUGUACUCACAGUUCCCCAACGGCUCGGCCAACGGCUACGGGGCCAUACGGAGCUACGGAGACCACGUCCUCAUGCCGGGGGAGGGGACGGUCCUGAGAGGCCCGGGUCUCCAGGAGAGACCUUUGUCUCCUGUGUCCCCCCCUCUGCCCACGCACCACCCACACCUCCACCACCAUCACCAUCACCCCCAUCACCACCACCACCCGCACCACUUCCACUCAAACCCACCUCACAUACAAACCCACCCGCUCCCGCAGAGUCCUCCGCCGCCGCCACAGCUGCCCUCCCAGCACCACCUGCCCCAUACGCCUCACAUCAUGACCCACACUCUCCCCCCUCCUCCCCCGUUACUCCUGCAAUCCUCCAGUCCUCCCCCCUCCCUAGUGGACAGUACCCCUUCCUCUCAGCCCUCCCACACCCUGUCCAACGCCCCCGGUGGGGUGCUGAAGAAAACCAGCUCUCCAGAGAUCAAGCUGAAGAUCAUAAAGACGUAUCAGAACGGAAAAGAGCUGUUUGAGUCUGCGCUGUGUGGAGACCUGCUGCAGGAACUGCAGAAGGAGUCUCAGAAGAACGAGGCCACUCAGAUUCAGCGCAGACAUGAGAGGAAGAAGGAGAAGAGGAAAAAGACUGCUCGGCUGCAGCUGCAGGUCCAGGAACAGAACCUGGACCAGAGCCAAGCACAAGCACAGGCAGGUACCACGGAGCAGACGGAGGAUGUCCACAUCCAGCCCGAGCCGAUAGAAACACCCCCAGCCGAGACAGAGAAGCCUCAGAAGACCGUUAUCAAAACCGAACCAAAGACGCCAAAGGUUCCGAAGGUCCAUCAUCCAUCAGUGAUCCAGGAGACGGGCUUCUGUAAGGAGUUUGUGAUCGGAGAUCUGGUGUGGUCCAAGGUGGGCACCUACCCCUGGUGGCCCUGCAUGAUCUCUUCUGACCCGCAGAUGAAGGUCCACACUCGCAUCAACACCAGAGGUCACAGGGAGUAUCACGUCCAGUUCUUUGGCAGCGUCGCUGAGCGAGCGUGGAUCCACGAGAAGAGGAUAGUCCUGUACCAGGGGAAGAAGCAGUAUGAAGACCUUCAGGCUGAGACGCUCCGCAAGGCCUCAAACCCCGUAGAGAAACACAAACUUCUGAAGCCCAUCCCUCAGCGGGAGCGUUCUCAGUGGGAGACGGGCGUGGGCCACGCUGAGGACGCCUUUGUGAUGACGCGGCAGGAGCGAAUUGACAACUACACCUUCAUCUACGUUGACCCGGACCCCCAUGAGGGAACGUCCGGCAGGAAACCCAACAUCAGAGCUGAGAAACGAAACCGGCGCUCCAGCGGCUCAAUCAGUAAGAAGGAAGAGGGAGACGUGAAGUCACCAGCUAGAGAGCCGCCGCCGCCACGAAGGCUGCUGCCACGGCGACAGUGUAGUAUUUCAAACACAGACGACAACACAAACUCCCAGGCCACGAAUGAAGAGAAGAACCAGAGGGGGGACCAGUGUAAAACCAGCUCCCAACAGAACGCUGGUUGUGUUGCACGGCAGGACUCGCCGCCACCAGUCAGAGCCUGGAAAACAGCCGCCGCCAGGAAGCUGCUGCCUCUCUCCAUCACCAUGAAGAGGCUGAAUGUGGAGAUCACCAAGUGUGACUGGCCUCUCCUGCAGAAAAAAGCAGCUGCGUCUCCGAAAAAGGAAGAGAAGGAGGAGAGAGUGGAGAGAGAGGCCCGGCAGCCCGACCUAGGAUACUGCUCACCUGAGGACAGCAGAGCUAAACCUGAGCCCAGUCCAGAGGAGGAGGAAGACGGGGACGCGGACGGGGACGCGGACGGGGAUGGGGACGGGGACGGGGACGGGGACGGGGACGGGGACGGGGACGGGGACGGGGACGGGGACGGGGACGGGGAUGGGGACGGGGACGGGGACGGGGACGGGGACGGGGACGGGGACGAAGGGGAGGAAGAGGAGAGGAGGGGCUCCCCCGCCAGUCGGAGGAGUGAGGAGGGAGGAACGCAGCAGACCUCCUCUCCUGGAUCGCACCACAGUAGUCCACACGGUUCUCCGGAGAGGAAGCUUCAGCGGCGGUCAGUCAGGAGCAGGUCUGAGUCCGAGAGAGGCAAUGAUCCCGUUCCUAAGAAGAAAACCAAAAAGGAACAGGCUGAGAUGGCUCCUGAGACCACGCUGAGGACUGGCUCACAGAAAGGAGCCAGUGAGAUCUCAGAUGCCUGUAAGCCCCUGAAGAAGCGAAGCAGAGCGUCAACAGAUGUGGAGAUGGCUUCUUCCCAGUACAGAGACACCUCCGACUCUGACUCCAGAGGCCUCAACGACCCACAGGGUUUAUUUGGGAAGAGUCUUGACAGUCCAGCAGCAGCAGAUGCAGACGCUUCAGACACUCAGUCUGUGGACUCUGGCUUGUCCCGUCAGGACGGCAGCACCGGCAAGAGAGACACCGUCUGCCAGAUCUGCGAGGUGUACGGAGAGGGUUUGGUGGUGUGUGAAGGUGACUGCAGCAGACAGUUUCACCUGGACUGUCUCGGUCUAACGUCCCUACCUGAAGGCAGAUUCACCUGCUUGGAAUGCAGAAAUGGCAAUCAUCCUUGUUUUAGCUGUAAGACGGCGGGCCGGGAGGUGACGCGCUGCUCUGUGUCGGGAUGUGGUUGUUACUACCACGAGGAUUGUGCUCGUAAACUCCCGGGGACAACCAGCAACCCGGACGGAGGCUUCUGCUGCCCUCAGCACAGCUGCUCUACCUGCUGCCUUGAGAGAGACCUGCAGCGAGCCAGUAAAGGUCGUCUCAUGCGUUGUAUCCGCUGUCCGGUGGCUUACCACACGGGAGACGGCUGCGUGGCGGCGGGCAGCGUCGCCAUCACCCAUCACAUCAUGAUCUGCAGCAGCCAUGGCAGCGCCAAGAGGAAUGGCCUCCUCACCUCCCCCAUCAACGUGGGCUGGUGCUUCCUGUGUGCCAGAGGGCUGUUAGUGCAAGACCUUACUGACACCAUAUUAAGUUCAUAUGCCUAUAAGUCCCACUACCUUCUGACUGAGUCAAAUCGUGCUGAGUUGAAAUUACCUAUGAUUCCCUCUCCUUCGUCAGCUACCAAAAAGAAUGUUGGGAAAGGAGGCAAGUUGCUGUGCUGCGACACAUGCCCGGCUUCCUUCCACCCGGAGUGUCUGGAGAUGGAGACGCCGGAGGGGCCGUGGUCCUGCAGUGAUUGCAGGGCGGGGAAGAAACCUCACUACAAACAAAUUGUCUGGGUCAAACUGGGCAACUACAGGUGGUGGCCAGCGGAGAUCUGCAACCCUCGCCUGGUGCCGUCAAACAUUCAGAGCCUUCGCCACGACGUCGGCGACUUCCCCGUCUUCUUCUUCGGCUCCCACGACUACUACUGGAUCAACCAGGGCCGCGUCUUCCCCUACGUGGAGAACGACAAGAACUUCGUCACGGGUCAGAUCAACAUCAACAAAACCUUCAAGAAAGCUCUGGAGGAAGCUGCCCGACGGUUUCAGGAGCUUAAGGCACAGAGGGAGAGCAGGGAGGCUUUAGAGCAGGAACGCAACUCUCGCAAACCUCCACCCUACAAAUGCAUCAAGUCCAACAAACCAGUGGGGAAAGUGCAGAUGCACGUAGCUGACUUGUCAGAAAUCCCACGAUGCAACUGCAGACCAACAGAUGAGCAUCCUUGCAACCUCCACUCUCAGUGUCUCAACCGCAUGCUGCAGUACGAGUGUCAUCCACAGGUGUGUCCAGCUGGAGACAGCUGCGAGAACCAGUGUUUCUCCAAGCGGCUAUACGCAGAGACAGAAGUGAUAAAGACAGACGGCCGUGGCUGGGGCCUCCGGUCCAACCAGGCUCUCAGGAAGGGUGACUUUGUUACAGAGUAUGUGGGAGAGGUGAUCGACUCAGAGGAGUGCCAGCAGCGAAUCAAACGCGCCCAUGAAAAUCACGUGGCCAACUUCUACAUGCUCACCCUCACCAAGGAUCGCGUGAUAGACGCCGGCCCAAAAGGAAACUCGGCUCGGUUUAUGAACCACAGCUGCAGCCCAAACUGUGAAACGCAGAAGUGGACGGUGAACGGAGACGUUCGCAUCGGACUCUUCACCCUCUGUGACAUUGAGGCUGACACGGAGCUGACGUUCAACUACAACCUGCACUGUGUGGGCAACAGGAGGUCGUCUUGUCACUGUGGAUCAGACAACUGCUCUGGGUUCCUCGGGGUGCAGCCAACGAGCGCUGUGGUGAUGGAGAAAGAGGAGAAGGCCAGGAACGCCAAGCUUAAGCCGAAGAAGCGGAAGCUGCGGCUGGAGGGCAAACACAUGCACGAGUACUUCUGUUUUUGCUGCGGAGAGGGAGGCGAGCUGGUGAUGUGUGACAGAAAGGACUGUCCGAAGGCGUACCACCUGCUGUGUCUCAACCUCACCAAGCCGCCAUACGGACGUUGGGAAUGUCCGUGGCAUGACUGCAGCGUUUGCGGUGUCCCGUCCUCGUCUGUCUGUGACUUCUGCCCUCGCUCGUUCUGCCGGGAGCACGAGGCGGGGGCGCUCACAUCCUCCGCACUGGAAGGCCGCCCCUGUUGCUCCAGCCACAACCCCGCCAGUCCCCUGGGCUCCAACUCCAGCUCCACCCAGCCACGCCGCCCUGUCAGCGUCAAAGAGGAGCCGGAGCCGGAGGCGGGCCAUCCGGCUUCAGAGUGACACCGCAGCUCCCUCAAUACCUCAUUCCCUGUGACGUGCGCUCCUGUUGGCCUCCGAUCCACCUCUGAUCUGAAGCAGUGCGCGACCAAAGGGAAUACAGUGCUUUUUUGACCGGGCCGAGACCCGCCGACGAACUCCUCGAUGGGUGGCGAGAGCGAGAGCGACUGGAGUGUCGGCAGGGGAAGUGACCAGGCGCCGUUUUUCCCUCCUCUCUUGCCAUAAACACCACUACUAAUGCUCUCCACAGCUCGCCUGCGCCCAUCAGAGGGCCCACACCACCUCAUUAUGUUUUUUAUUUUUACAGCUGUGGAAAUUUUUAAGUUGUUGUCACGCCGUCAGAUACCGGCACUUUGAAGAACUCAGUUAGGUGGAGGGAGAGGUAGAGAGAAGAGGAGGAGGAUGUGAAGCUGAACCUCUCCACCGCCACGCUGCUCCUCCUUGUUUACCUGCUGUAAGCCGUGGUCGGCGUCUCACACACAGGAUGGCUGUACGGAAACGAGCCGGCCUUCCUCCUCCUCCUCGUCCUCCUCCUCCACAGCCGAUCAUCACUCCAGACGUGAUCCGUCAUCGUAUUUAUCUCUUCUUCUUCUUCUUGGAGGAAAAUAAAGGGGGGAAAUUUUGUGCAAUUUUUUUCAAGACCACACUACAUUCCAACCUUCCUUACACAUGGUUUUAAUAUACUUAUGGGUAUAGAUGAAUAUAAUUAUAUACAGUAUCUAUGUUUGUUAAUGUUUACAGACAGAUUCUCUCACUUCAUCUCGGUGAGUGGUGUAUUAUGUUUGUUUGUUUAGGUGUUAAGCAUUACGCAGACCUCCUUGUGAAAAUAGUCCUAUUAAGGUGAAAUAUAAUGGUAUAUAGUGUAAUGGUAUGACAUUACAGAAGUACUUGUGAUUUUCAUAUUGCCAGUCUCACUCGCCAUUGUGUACAUAAUUGGCUCAUAAUAUUGUAAAGUACGUAAAGAUCAGGAGGGACGGAGCCUCGCCUCUCUGGUUGUUCCUGGAAGAAGGAAGACGCUUUUUUAAAACGACAAGACAGAUCCUUUUUAUUUUCUUUUUUUCGGAUAAAUUUCUGUUCCCACAUUUCCUCCGAGCAGUUACUGUUAUUUGUAUCGUAGACGGAGGGGCUCAGCUUGUGAUCACUGGUGCUGUCUUAAAAGUAUUGUUAACCAGCCUUAAGUUUGAUUCUGGCUGUAGUAACUACUGCCCACAUGCAGUCCAUUUCAGUAACGUCGUGUACUGUGACCGCUUUGAUGCUUGUUUUUGUUCCUGUUUUUUUGUUUUGCCAAACUUUUUUCUGAAAAGCACUUUUACACGGCUUGUCGCUACACAAUUUACCUAGGUCAUACAUAUACAGAAAUGUAUAUCAAAAGAACAUAAGACAAGUGUUUCAAAAUGGAUACCUCUUCUUCUCGUAGUAACGUCGGAAUUUAAACUGUGUUGUAACUUUUUUUCCUCUCGGUCAGAAACGUGGUGAGAUGCUGGGCGUGUUUUUUUUUUUUUUUUUGGAUUAUUAUUUUUGAGGAAAGUGGCCUAAAUGCUGCUGGUUUCUUUUGGCACAAGUAGGAAAGACUGCCAGCCCGGCUUCGUACAGAAAAGUCCUCGAGAGGCGCUUCUUCAUUUUCCACCUGGAGAACACCCUCAAGGCUGGGCUUUCUAUAAAGACGUAAUGGUAUAACAACAGUCCAGUCCAGUAUGAUGUACAAAUACAAACUCCUGUACAGUGUUUUUAAUCGCUCAUCUGUCAAAUCCAAAUUUUUUGUAUUUAUUGCACCACAUUUUAUACCAAUUUCUUUUUCAAACACCAGUGCAGUAAUGUGUCUCCCUCUCCACCACAGUGUAAGUGAAAUAGACUAUUUAAAAAAAAAAAAAACAUGGGGAGUUCUACAUGAUAUAUCUGUAUUUAGUCAUUUUUCAUUUGGUGUAAUGAUUCCACACUUUAGUAACAGCCGCUGCUCAUCGACCUGUAUCGUGACUCACUGUAAUUGGUGUUAAAAGCAGUGUGAAGCAGUUCAAUAUAGGAAUGUAAAGUUUCAGUUUCAGAGCAGUUUUUGUGCUUUUUUUUUGUUUGUUUUAAGCCUGGACUCAAGGAAAUUUAUCUGUGAACUCAGCCUUUUGCUUGUGAUUCUACCCCGGUUACAUGUUUGUGUUUUCUGCCCUUUUUCUUAUUAUUUGUUUUAAAGCCUCCCGUCGUGGUCGGUGUUUAAUGACGAGCCGCGGGGUGAAACUGUGCCAAUGUUUCCAAAUCAUUUCAGUUCAUUUAGGGUCUCUUUGAGAGAGAGAGAUUACACUCGGUUUAUUAGGCACACUGAGCUAAAACUAAUGCAAUCUAAUACAACAGUCCUGCAAUAAAUCCCCUUUUUAUGAAGGUUAUGUUUUGUUGAAGCUGUUUUAUAGAGCUGUUGAUUCAAUUUUAUGGUCAUUUUGGAGGCUGUAGUUUGUGAAUUAUUUUGCGUUUUACUUCACAGGUGUUUCUAAUAUUUAUUGUAAUCUCAUUGAUAUAAACACAUACACUUCUCUGUAUAAUGCAAUACAGUUCAAAAGCACCACAAAAAUGACCGCAGAUCCUUCAAAAUGACCAUAAAGUUGAAUCAACACCUCUCCAAAAACUAGGGUUGUCCCAAAUACCAUUUUUUGGGCUUCAAAGCUGAAUAUGAAUAAUGAAUAAUGUUGUGGGAUUAUUCUCCUUAUUUCAUGGACUUUUUGGGGAUUUAUACAUUUUUUAAAAUGAAGCAUUCGAAUAGCGGUUUUGAGGUCGAUUACUGUGGCAAAGCUUUGAAGCAUUCGGGUCAGCCCUACCAAAAACAGAACAUUAUAACGUUAUUAAAACGUAGGAUUUAUUGCAUUGACUGCAUUAGUUUACCGUUUAUCUAAUAAUAACCUGAGUGUAAAUCAUGAAGAAAACAGACUGAAGAAAGGGGAAAGAAGAAGGAGCCAUUGAAUGCAGAAAAGUGAGAGAUUUCCAGACAUGAUUUAAGAUAUAAACAUUAAUUUAAAAACAAGACUUCUAGUCACACAAACGUCAUUCUGCACAGUGAAGGUCAAAACAAAUGUUACAUACAGUACAUAUAUAACAUGACAGAGGCACUUAAUCGGAUAAAGAACACAGAAAGAGACUUAAUUCAAAUAAUUUUUCUCACUCUUCUAAAUUUAGCUGCUCUUCUUUUAUCUCUCUGUUAUUACCACCUCCUUUUAGGAAGCAUUUUUUUCCGUGGAUUCCUAAAAAAAAGACUAAACUUGGUGAUUUCUUGCUCCUCCCAAAUUUGCCAAACUCCUCACUUCGGUACUUAGGCCACUUCAGUACUUGUUCAGUAUCAGGUAGGUGCAUCAUUAAGUCACUUUUAGUUACAAACUCAAAACGGUCUGCGUGUGUAAACUUGAAUUUUCUUCAUUUUUUUUUAAUUUAUUGAUGUAUUUUUUUUUUUCUUACAAAGGAUUCAUAAGUGUGUGAUUAUCAGACUGCAGGCAUCCUUGACUCUUGUGUUUGUGGCUUCAGAGAAAAUGUCUGACUGAGUUGUGAUUAUAUAACUGGUCUUAAAGCCUUUAAUUAUUUCUUUCCUUUUCAAGGUGACUGUUCAGCUGAAAUGCAUGCUUCCAACAUCAGACACUGUUUUAGUUGGAGAGUCUUUAAAUGCCUGAUUUUAAUGCUGGCGUUUUGUCUUUAUUUGUGGUCCUUUUUAUUUUUUUCUUGCACAGAGAUUGUGCAACAGCCUUUUUUAUUUUAUUUUUGCACCUGCAGAUGCAUGAUCAUUGUGCCAGUUUGUCCCCUUCUCAGCUGAUCCAGCAGCAGUAUUACGUAUGCCUCGUUUAAGUGUCCCAGCGUGCAUCAUUUCAUUCACUUAAAACACUCUCUGAUGUGUAUGUUUUUGUUGGUUUCUUCUCAUUGUAGUGCCCACGUUUGUUUUUAAAGAGACAGCAUGUUUGUUCUCAGUUAAGUGACCCUUAAAUACGCCACGAGGAAGUGUCCAGGAUUUUUUUUUUUAUAUAUAUAUAUAUAUAAAUUUCGGAUGGACCCCCCACUUUUAUGUCAGGGUAUGUUUCAGCUCACUGUGACGUCUUUUGUUUUUGUGCAAUGUUGCCGACUGUCUCUUUUAAUUGACAUGCUGUCAGAGCGGAAAAUAGUGUUUGAAUAAAUAAAUAAUUCACCUUCAUAAGCACUCAUCUCUUUUUACUUGUAGUAAAAUGACUUACAGUAACUCUAACUGGGGUCAUAUCUAUCUCUUUUGGUGUUGCUUCAAUUAAAAACGUGGAUGAACACAAAAAUACCAUGUUGAUUACUGUUUCGACCUGUGUUACUGCAUACUGCAUAUUGUUGAAGAACCUGUAAAUAGUUUGCAUUGAACUUGCAUAGACUCAUGUUACUGUGGCGUGCUCUUUUUGCCUGUACAAUUCUGCUUCUAAAUGUGUGUGACUGUUGAGACGACACUCUUUUUGUACAUGACAUGUCUUUUUAUUUGGGAAUAUUGAUUCUGUCCUUUUUCAUUCUAAAGUUGAGUUUGAAGAGUUCAGACAUGCCUGAAGUUUGACUUUAAUAAAGCUGUACUCUGUCUCAGUGAAA